AUGGCAGCAAUGGCCAACACCACAUCCCUCCGCUCCCGCCUCCUCAUCCUCCCACCGCCACCGGCGCUCCCGACCGCCGUGUCCUUUCGUCUCCGCCCAUGCACAACCACGGCCUCCUCGUCCUCCCAGAGGAGGCGGCCCCGCCUCGCGGCACGGGUGGCGCCGCCCGGCGGCGCUGUGGCCCCUGCGUCGGCCGCGUCGAAGGAGGAUGAGCAGGGGGAGAUGGGCAGCGGCGGGGGCCUGUCUGCGGCUGAUGCAGAGAGGCUGUGUGAGUUCCUGCGGGUCGACCUGCCGCACCUGUUCGACGACGUCGGCAUCGACCGGUCUGCGUACGACGACCGCGUGCGGUUCCGCGACCCUAUCACCCGCCACGACACCAUCGACGGCUACCUCUUCAACAUCCGCCUCCUCAAGCUGCUCUUCCGCCCCGACUUCUACCUCCACGCCGUCAAGCAGACAGGGCCGUACGAGCUCACCACGAGGUGGACCAUGGUGAUGAAGUUUAUGCUCCUGCCCUGGAAGCCGGAGCUGGUCUUCACUGGCCUGUCGAUCAUGGGCGUCAACCCGCAGAAUCUCAAGUUCAACAGCCAUGUGGAUCUUUGGGAUUCGAUACAAAAUAACGAGUACUUCUCUUCUGAAGGAUUAUGGGAUGUUAUCAAGCAGCUACGGAUUUACAAGACCCCUGACAUAGAAACACCAAAUUACCUUAUUCUAAAGAGGACUGCACAUUACGAGGUUAGGAGUUAUGCGCCAUUCUUAGUGGUUGAAGCAAAAGGUGAUAAACUGGCGGGAUCGUCGGGCUUCAACAAUGUAACUGGAUAUAUAUUUGGCAAUAAUGCUUCAUCUGAAAAGAUUCCGAUGACUACACCUGUCUUCACUCAAGCUUCUGACGGCACACUUUCAGAUGUAUCCAUCCAGAUAGUUCUGCCAAUGAACAAAGACUUGGACAGUUUACCAGCUCCAAAUACAGCAGUUACUUUGCGGAAGGUAGAAGGAGGCAUUGCUGCAGUGAAAAAAUUCAGUGGACGACCAAAAGAAGAAAUUGUGCUCCAGAAGGAGAAGGAUCUACGCUCCCAGUUACUUAACGAUGGAUUGAAGCCUCAUCCAGGCUGUUUGCUUGCACGCUACAAUGAUCCCAGGACAAAGAGCUUCUUAAUGAUUGAUGUAACACGCUGGGUUUGGAGCUUCCAGUGCGUCAUUAGAAAGGUGAAAUGA